UCUGCUAAAACUUCGUCAUCUUCUUUUAGCUCUCUCUCUCUCUCUCUGUAAAACCCUAGAUCUGCUCCGAAACCCUAAAACUUUCCGAGCGGCGAUGGCGGAUACCGAGACCUUUGCCUUCCAGGCCGAGAUCAACCAGCUUCUCAGCUUGAUCAUCAACACCUUCUACAGCAACAAGGAGAUCUUCCUCCGUGAGCUUAUCAGCAAUGCCUCCGAUGCUCUUGACAAGAUUAGAUUUGAGAGCUUGACUGACAAGAGCAAGCUUGAGGCUCAACCAGAGCUCUUCAUCCACAUUAUCCCCGACAAGACCAACAACACGUUGACCAUUAUUGACAGUGGUAUUGGGAUGACCAAGGCUGAUUUGGUCAACAACCUUGGUACCAUUGCAAGGUCAGGAACCAAGGAAUUCAUGGAAGCCUUGGCUGCUGGUGCUGAUGUUAGCAUGAUUGGUCAGUUUGGUGUUGGUUUCUACUCUGCCUAUCUUGUUGCCGAGAAGGUCAUUGUUACCACCAAGCACAACGAUGAUGAGCAGUACAUCUGGGAGUCUCAAGCUGGAGGAUCAUUCACAGUGACCAGGGACUCUGGUGAGCCUCUUGGCAGGGGUACCAAGAUCUGCCUUCACCUUAAGGAGGACCAGCUUGAGUAUCUUGAAGAGCGCAGGCUCAAGGACUUGAUCAAGAAGCACUCCGAGUUCAUCAGCUACCCAAUUUCCUUGUGGAUUGAGAAGACCACCGAGAAGGAGAUCUCUGAUGAUGAGGAUGAGGAAGAGAAGAAGGAAGAGGAAGGAAAGGUAGAAGAGGUUGACGAAGAGAAGGAAAAGGAGGAGAAGAAAAAGAAGAAGAUCCAGGAGAUCUCUCAUGAAUGGUCGUUGGUGAACAAACAGAAGCCUAUCUGGAUGAGGAAGCCAGAAGAGAUCAACAAGGAAGAGUACUCUGCUUUUUACAAGAGUCUUACCAACGACUGGGAAGAGCACCUUUCUGUCAAGCACUUCUCUGUUGAGGGUCAGUUGGAAUUCAAGGCCAUCCUUUUUGUUCCCAAGAGGGCUCCAUUUGAUCUCUUUGACACAAGGAAAAAGCCCAACAACAUCAAGCUAUAUGUCCGCCGUGUCUUUAUCAUGGACAACUGUGAGGAGUUGAUCCCUGAGUACCUUGGCUUUGUGAAGGGUAUUGUUGACUCUGAGGAUCUUCCCCUCAACAUUUCCAGGGAGAUGUUGCAGCAGAACAAGAUCUUGAAGGUCAUCCGCAAGAACUUGGUGAAGAAGUGUAUUGAAAUGUUCACUGAGAUUUCUGAGAACAAGGAGGACUACAACAAGUUCUACGAGUCUUUCUCCAAGAACCUCAAGCUCGGAAUCCACGAGGACUCCCAGAACAAGACCAAGCUUGCUGAUCUGUUGAGGUACCACUCAACCAAGAGCGGUGAAGAGAUGACCAGCCUCAAGGACUAUGUCACAAGGAUGAAGGAGGGCCAGCAAGAUAUCUACUACAUCACUGGUGAAAGCAAGAAGGCUGUUGAGAACUCACCUUUCCUAGAGAAGCUCAAGAAGAAGGGAUACGAGGUUCUGUUUAUGGUUGAUGCUAUUGAUGAGUAUGCAGUUGGUCAGCUCAAGGAGUACGAGGGCAAAAAGCUUGUCUCUGCCACCAAGGAAGGUCUCAAGCUUGAUGAGACUGAGGAUGAGGCAAAGAAGAAGGAAGAGUUGAAGGAGAAGUUUGAGGGACUCUGCAAGGUUGUCAAGGAUGUGUUGGGCGACCGAGUGGAGAAGGUUGUGGUGUCUGACCGUGUGGUCGAUUCUCCCUGCUGUUUGGUGACUGGCGAGUAUGGCUGGACUGCAAACAUGGAAAGGAUCAUGAAAGCUCAGGCUUUGAGGGAUAACAGCAUGGCUGGUUACAUGUCGUCCAAGAAGACCAUGGAGAUCAACCCGGAGAACCCAAUCAUGGAGGAGCUCAGGAAGAGGGCUGAUGCAGACAAGAACGACAAGUCAGUGAAGGACCUUGUGCUCCUUCUCUUCGAGACUGCCCUGCUCACCUCCGGGUUCAGCCUUGACGACCCAAACACCUUCGGCAACAGGAUCCACAGGAUGUUGAAGCUCGGCCUGAGCAUUGAUGAUGAUGCAGUUGAUGGUGAUGCUGAAAUGCCCCCAUUGGAGGAUGUUGAUGCAGAGGCUGAGAGCAAGAUGGAGGAAGUUGACUAAACAAGAGACCCACCUGACCCAGCAGUAGAUUUACCUUUUAUUUUUUUGCGCAGUAGUAAUAUUUUCUAUCUUUUUAUUUUGAUUUACCUGGAACAUCUUAAUAUUUUGGUCAGUCGUGGAUGAUGGAUGGGAUUUGCUAUCGGAUUAUAAUUUUCAAUGCAUUUUGGUACAAUUUCAUCUCCUA